UUCUCCUCAUUACGUUAAAAUUAGCGUCUUAAAAAUUGAUCAACGAUUUUGUCCAUUUUCGAUAACGAGCGCUUAAUUAAACACAUCCACUUCCGACCUAAAUAUCAUCGAAAUCAUCAUCAUCACUUGCAAAGUGCGACCUGAAACAAUAUUUUCAAUCAUGCUUAAUCAGACCAGACUCCAUUAAUUAUUUUCACAACUGUCAACGCCGCUAUAAAUCCGUCCAGCAUCUCACACCUGGUAUCAAUUCGCGAAGCAUCGUCAAACAUGAAGAUUCCAGUAUUGCUUGCAACGUGCCUCUACCUUUGCGGAUUUGUGUCCGCCGGUUUGGAAGGGUCGGGUAACUCAUUGCCCGAGCUCGUGAAAGGUAGUGCAUCGGCCACCGCGUCGACUGCUGUGACCGCUAGAUCGGGACUUAGAGCCGGACAGGUAGCUUUAGCUUCGCAGAAGGAUGCCGUACUCCAAGCUGAAGCUGCUGCAUCCGCCGCGUCAGAGGCACGCGCUGCUGCCGAUCUGACGGCUAAACUUAGCCAAGAAUCGGCGUCAGUGCAAUCGCAGGCUGCCGCCAAAGGGAAAGAAACGGAGGAGGCAGCGGUUGGUCAAGCUAGAGCUGGUCUCGAGUCGGUAUCCAUCGCCGCAUCGGCCACUUCUGCUGCCAAAGAAGCAUCAACCGCCGCCAAAACCGCAGCAUCCGCAUUAUCCACAGCCACGGUACAAGCGAAAAUAGCUGAGAGAGCAGCCAAGGCUGAAGCUGUUGCCUCAGAGGAAGCCAAGGCCAAGGCGAUUGCCGCAGCCAACUUGGCGGCUGCGGCCAGUGUAGCCGCGGAAGCAGCCCUCAAGGCCGAGAAAGUGGCUGAAGAAGCCAUCGCAAGAGCGGCCUCUGCAAAGGCUGCUGCAAGGGCUGCUGCGGCCGCUCUAGCCUCCUCAAAGGAAGCAGCCACGGCCAGUGCGAGAAACGCCGCGGAAUCCGAGGCCAGGAACGAAGUAGCUGUAUUGAUCGCCGAGAUUGAUAAAAAGAGUAGGGAAAUCGACGCAGCCACUUCGCUUAAUGCGCGUGCCGCUGCCAAGGCAAGCUCCAGGAACGUAGAAACGGCGACAAUCGGAGCUAACAUCGACUCUUCGAAACAAGUCGUAUCAAUUCCAGUGGAAAUAAAGAAAUUCCCGGAGCCGGAACUGUCAACAUCAUGGAGAGAAGAUGAAGAGGUUACGAAAGGGAAGAAGGAGGAUAUAAAUCUGAACGGCUUCGAACUGAAGAGCAAUGUAUUUUAGAAAGAAUUGGAUAAAAUAUCGGGAAAAGCGAUUUGUUUGAAAGUAAAUUUCAGCCGUUAUAGGAUGUAUUAAAUGCUUCCGGAGAAAAUGUUGUCUAUAGUCAGACAGAGAUUGUAAUGAAGAAAAUA